AUGAGAAGCAGAAGAUCCCCCCACAGUGCUGUCGACCACCCUGUUGUGGUGCACGCCGGCGCCCGCGAGCACGUCUCGCAGGACGACGUGCUGCGCUUUCUCGCCAAAUUCAUCCAGGAGCGCGAGGAGGACGCCGACGCCGACACGGCUGGCACGCUUGCGCAGCUGCGCCGCGUCGAGCGUGACUUCAAGGGCCUUCCUCCAGCGGUGCUCGAUAGCUGA